UUGCCUUGACGCCGAGUGUGUCUAGAAAAAGGCGGCGGCAGUGGAUGUAGUGGAGAUAAAGUCAAUGUUUCUUCUGCCCCGUGCCGAUCCGCUUUGCCCCGGAGACAUAACAGAUCGUGCCUCAAGGACCCCUUGCCGCUGGUCCUCCUCCUUCGGUCAGGAUGUCAUGGCGUCCUCAGUACCGCAGCUCCAAGUUCCGGCACGUGUACGGCAAGGCGGCCGCCAAGGAGAGCUGCUACGACGGCGUGCCCAUCACGCGCAGCGUCCAGGACAACAACUUCUGUGCUGUCAACCCUCGCUUCGUUGCCGUCAUCACAGAGUGUGCAGGGGGCGGAGCCUUCCUGGUCCUCUCUGUUCAUCAUACGGGUAAAGUGGACCCUCACCACCCGCGAGUGUCGGGCCACAGGGGCAACGUGUUGGACGUCAAAUGGAAUCCCUUCGACGACUACUGCAUCGCCUCCAGCUCCGAGGAUGCCACGGUGAAGGUGUGGGAGAUCCCCCCUCACGGUCUGCUCAAGAACAUGACUGUGGCCUUCAAGGAGCUACAGGGCCACAGCCGCCGGGUGGGCCUCAUCGAGUGGCACCCCACCGCCAACAACAUCCUCUUCAGCACGGCAUACGACUACAAGGUGAUGAUCUGGAACCUGGACUAUCCGGACCAGGUGAUCAAGAAUCCUGUGCGGACCAUCAGCCACCACACAGAUGUGGUGCUGUCAAUGUCCUUCAACACGGAUGCCAGUCUCAUGGCCACCACGUGCAAGGACAGGAAAGUGCGGCUCAUAGAGUCACGCUCAGGGACUCUGCUGCAGGAAGCCAACUGUAAGACGCACAAGGCCAGCAAGGUGCUGAUCCUGGACAACGUGAACAAGCUGCUCACCUCAGGCACGUCCAGAUGGAAUGACAGACAGAUUGCACUCUGGGAUCUGGACGACCUCUCAGUGCCUUUGUUAGAGGAAAACCUGGAUGGUUCGUCGGGGUUCCUCUUUCCGUUCUACGACCCCGACACGCACAUGCUUUACCUGGCUGGGAAGGGGGACGGGAACAUCAGGUACUAUGAGAUCACCUCGGAAAAGCCGUACAUCCACUACCUGACGGAGUACCGCUCCAGUUUACCUCAGAAAGGGAUGGGUGUGAUGCCAAAGAGAGGUCUGGAUGUGAGUUUAUGCGAAGUGUUUAGAUUCUACAAACUGGUGACCAUCAAGACUCUGAUUGAGCCUCUGUCCAUGAUCGUACCUCGCAGGUCGGAGUCGUACCAGGAGGACAUCUAUCCAAUGACGGCGAGCAACAAGGCUGCCUUGACUGCGGACGAGUGGCUCAGCGGCAUCGACAGAGGCCCGGUGCUGAUGUCGCUGAAGCCCGGCCAUCCGGUGGGCGAAUCGGACGGCGAGUCCCUCAAGGGUCCGGGCCGGCCUCGCAGUCGGGCGUACAUCGGGGAGCAGCCGGUCGCCAAAGACUGCGGCGGCGGCAAGACAGACAACAACGGCGUGGCCGACGACGGCAGGACGGCGGUUAGCAACGGACAAGACUUCCUGCUCUGCUCGCCGCCCAAGACUGAAAAUGAGCUUCGCGUGAAGUUCCACAAGCAGCAGGACGAGAUCCGGCGGCUGGUGGAGAAGCUCCACCAGAGGGACGUGCACAUCAAGCAGCUGGAGCUGGAGAUCAACAACAUGAAAAACUCUCAGCAGAACUCACUUGAACACUUUUAGUGUCGUCUUUUUUUUUUUUUUUUUUUUUUUUUUUUUUUAUAUAAAUACAACCACACUCUUCCUGUAGUCGACACACACACAAGGUGCACAUAUUGUUGAUGUAAAUACACUCAGUGAUUCUUACCCAUACGCUUUUAAGAACUUUGCACACAUUUAUUUUAUAUCGCAGCUAUGCAACUUUUUAAGCUUUUUUUUUUUUUUUUUAAUGAUUUUUAUGAGCGGAAAAAAAAAAUGACGGAAUGUUUUCUGCUUUAAAAAAAAAAAAAAAAAAAAAAUGCGUGAUUGUACUCAAAAACAUUUUAUUUGUUGACUUCAAUGUUCCAAAAAGUACACUGGGGGAAAAAAAAAAAAAUGAAUUUGCAUGCAAAAAGUUUUGAAGUUUAUUAAUAUAAAUGUGGAAUAUUUCAAAGCCUAACCUUGUAAUUUUGAUGAGUAAUUGGAAAAAUCCAAAACCAUUCUUGUGAAAAUAAAUUCUCAUAAUAUGACUAUCAUUUAAAAUUUGCAUUAUAUUGUCUACAUUUGGAUUAUAUUUAUCCUCAUAAAAGUUUAAAUUCUUGUAAUAUCCACACUUUUUUUUACAUAAAUAAAUCUCAUAUAUCUCGUAAUUAUUCCCCCCCCCACAAGAGUUUGAGAAUAAAGAUGGGGGGAAAAAACUUAAUUUAUGAGAUAGUCAGAAUAUUAUGAGAAUAUACUCAGGUUUUUUUUCUCAAAAGAAAUUAAGCUCAGAAUAUUGAGAUAAUAAAAAGUAAUAUGGAAAAUAAUUUCCUUUUUUCCCUUGAAGUUUCAAAAUGUAAGAUUGCAAAAGUUUUGUUUUCCAUAUGUUACAACUUUUUUGUGGAAUUUUCUUAAGAUUUUAAAUUUGUUCACGUCAUAUUUGUACUUUUCUCUCGUAAUUUUAGUAAAUUUAUGAAAUCAUUCUUGUCAUAGUCUUAAUUUUUCCCCAUAAUUUAAUAAAUUUAUUCUCCUAAUAUUGGAUAGUCACUCUAGCAAUAUUACAACUUUUCUCAUUAAAUUUGGACUUAUAAUUUGACUAGCCCUCCUAAAUUGUUAUUUUGGGGGGUAAAAUUUUGAGUGCAUUCUCACUUUCUCCUAAAUUUAAAAGAUGUAUAGUAAAAACUAAAUAUUUGCUUAAAUUGCAUGUUUAUUAACUCAAACUAUGAGUUCAUUCUGAUAUUUAAUUAAAUAUUUUUUUGCUCACCUGUAGUAUUCUUACUUUUUUUCUUUAAAAGACUAUUCAAUAAUAAUUAAACAUUUCUCUCCCCUAAAGUUGGGAAUUUUUUUCUGGUUAAAAAAUGUGUUCGUUCUCAUACUGUUCUUAGUGUUUUCUUGAAAAUUAAAAAAAUAUAUAAUAAAAUGAUUGCCAAAAUAUACAUUUUCUUUCCUCAUAAAUUCAAGAAAAAUCUUUUUAAAUUUUGAGUUGGUUCUCAUAAUAUUAAGUACCUUUUUCGUGUAAUAUUAAAACUUUUUGGUCGUAACAUUUUGCCAUUGCAAAAGUUGUAAUAUACCAAGAAAAAUAUUGCCCCAACUUUUCGCUUCGGGUUAUUUUUCUUCUUUUCAGUGUACAGAUAGGAGGUGACAGAGAAUGAGCAAAACCAUUGACAAUGCUGUGCUUCCAUCAUGUUUCCUUUUUGUUUAUUUUUGAAAGAUUAUUUGACUUUUUCAAUCCACUCUUUUGAUCACGAACUUUUAUACACACGGAGACCAAAUGUGCGCUUUCCAUCUUCGGCUCUCGUCCAGCGUUCGUUUGUUGAAAUCCGGAAGUCGAAGUGCUGAAUGUAAGCACACAACGUGUUUUAGAUGAAAGCUGUCGUGUUUCUUUACUGUGAAAAUAAAUAUAAAUAUAUUUAAAAGCCGCCAAUGAGCACUGCUUGUUCACUUGCCUUUGAUGUUUCAUCAAAGCAGGAAUAAAGUGUCACACUUGUAUAUCAAAAUGCCUUACUGUUGACAUAAAUUUUAU